GUGUGAGCUACACCAUUUCCACGUCAGUAAAUUUGCCUGUGGAGGAGAUUAUCCACCGGUGACAGAACUUCAAUCUAGUGGCCUUCUAUUACAGACAAACAUCAGGGCAUGACAACUCGUGGACCUGUUUAAAUAUACACUAUGGUGGACAAGAAUAUAUACAUCGUUCAAGGGGAGAUUUCUAUUGUUGUUGCUGCUAUCAAGAGGAACUCUAGAUGGAGUACCCAUACUCCUUUGGAUGAAGAACAGGACCCACUACUCAAUAGCUUCAGCAACCUGAAAGAGAUCCUCAAUAACAUAAAAGAUCUUUCUGAUGUGGAGCCCAACGUGUUCCUUAGACCCUUUCUGGAGGUGGUCCGCUCGGAAGACACAACUGGACCAAUCACAGGCCUUGCUCUCACCUCGGUCAACAAGUUCUUGUCAUAUGGCCUCAUAGAUGCUAAUCAUGAAGGGGCAGCAGAGGGCAUCGAGAACAUGGCUGACGCCGUCACGCACGCGAGGUUCGUGGGCACCGACCCCGCCAGCGAUGAGGUGGUGCUGAUGAAAAUCCUCCAGGUUUUGAGGACAUUGCUGCUGACUCCAGUAGGAGCCCAUCUGACUAAUGAAUCGGUUUGUGAAAUCAUGCAGUCCUGUUUCCGUAUCUGCUUUGAAAUGAGAUUAAGCGAGCUGCUGAGAAAGUCAGCUGAACACACGCUGGUGGACAUGGUGCAGCUGCUGUUCUCCAGAUUGCCACAGUUCAAAGAAGAGGCCAAGAGUUAUGUGGGCACUAACAUGAAGAAGGCUUACAAUAUCUUAUGGAAAAACAAACGAGUACAGUUAAAGAUGAGAGCCGGGGGAAUGAGUGAGUCGUCCAAGUGGAAGAAACAGAAGCGAUCGCCCCGACCUCCUCGUCACAUGGUGCGCAGCCCCUCAGGCCAGAUGGAUCCAGCCCAGUCCAGUACUCUCACCAACAACAUCUCAGGCGGAGUCCCAUUCAUAGAGCAGCAAACUGGAGGAACCUCUACUCUUCCUGGUUCAGACAGUGCUUCCUCAAUCUCUAGCCCAACCACUGAUAGCGGUCUGGACGCUGGCUCAAAAACCACCUCUAAGGAGGAUCUUACAGACCUGGAACAGAGCAGCUCAACGGCCAGCACACCCGUGACACCCUCAGAACUGGGCCGACUGGAAUCACAGUCUGACGGCAGGGGAGUGGAACGUGCCCAGUCAGCAUCAGUAGAGUCCAUCCCUGAGGUCCUGGAAGACCGAGACCUGCUGGGAGAUCAGUCAGAUUCGGCAUCAGUCCAUGAUAUGGAUUACGUAAACCCCAGAGGAGUGCGCUUCAUGCCGUCUACCCAAAGAGAGGGUGCCGCUCUAAUCCCCUACGGACUCCCAUGUCUGAGAGAGCUCUUCCGGUUCCUCAUAUCUCUUACUAACCCGCACGACCGCCAUAACUCGGAUGUGAUGAUGCACAUGGGUCUGCAGCUGUUGAACGUGGCGUUAGAAGCUGCUCACAUUUCCCCUUACCAGUCACUCCUCUGUCUGGUCAAAGAUGAGCUGUGUAGGCACCUAAUACAGUUAUUAAGCAUGGACAGAAUGAAUCUCUACGCCGCCUCCAUACGUGUUUGCUUUCUUCUCUUUGAAAGCAUGCGGGAACAUUUGAAGUUUCAGCUUGAGAUGUACUUGAAGAGGCUGAUGGAUAUUAUUACCUCAGAAAACCCUAAAAUGCCCUAUGAAUUGAAGGAGAUGGCCCUGGAGGCCGUCGUACAGCUCUGGAGAAUCCCUAGCUUGGUCACCGAGCUGUAUAUAAAUUAUGACGGUGAUUUCUACUGCUCCAACCUGUUUGAAGACCUCACCAAACUUCUCUCAAAGAAUGCCUUCCCAGUGUCUGGGCAGCUCUAUACAACCCAUCUCCUGUCACUCGAAGCCCUGUUGACUGUGAUUGACAGCACAGAAGCUCACUGUCAGGCCAAAGUGCUCAACAGCGCUGCACAGCAGGACCAAUCGGAGACCACUACAGAAGCAGACGGUUCGGUCAACACACUCACAGAUUCAACCACAGAGGCAGGCAAAUCUCUUCCCACUUCUAAUGGUCAGAAUGCUGUGGUGUCGGAAGGAAAGUCUAUCUGUCCUCCAACCAGUGGUCAUCUGAUGGCAGAGAAAAUGAGAUUAGGUAGACAGGAUCAGGAUGAAACCGACUCAGCAGAGAAGAAAAUCCCUAAAAAGCCUCAGCGUUUCUCCAGCUGUCUGCCGGUUUCUCAGGAACUUUUAGAGAUCAAGAACAAGAAGAAGCUUCUCAUCACAGGUACAGAGCAGUUCAACCAGUCGCCAAAGAAAGGCAUUCAGUUCCUGCAGGAGAAAGGUUUGCUCAGCAGCCCGAUGGACAAUAAUGAAGUGGCCCAGUGGCUGAGAGAGAAUCCCCGCCUGGACAAGAAGAUGAUCGGAGAGUUCAUAAGCGACCGCAGAAACACAGACCUGCUGGACAGCUUUGUCAAUACGUUCACCUUCCAAGGCCUGCGUAUAGACGAAGCUCUCCGCUUAUAUCUGGAGGCAUUCCGUCUUCCUGGCGAAGCGCCUGUCAUUCAUCGCCUCUUGGAAACCUUCACCGACAACUGGCAAAAAGUGAACGGUAAUCCCUUCCAGAGCAACGACGCCGGCUUCGCUCUGGCUUACGCCGUCAUCAUGCUGAACACCGACCAGCACAACCAUAACGUACGAAAGCAGAACAUCCCCAUGACGGUGGAGCAAUUCAAGAAGAAUCUGAAAGGUGUGAACGGAGGGAAUGACUUUGAUCAAGACAUGCUGGAAGACAUCUACAACGCUAUCAAGAAUGAGGAGAUCGUGAUGCCGGAUGAGCAGUCGGGGCUGGUGAAGGAGAACUACGUGUGGAGCGUUUUGCUGCACAGAGGAGCUACACCUGAAGGGCUGUUCCUUCACGUGCCCGACAGCAGUUACGAUCGCGACCUCUUCACCAUGACCUGGGGACCCACUAUUGCUGCCCUCUCCUACGUUUUUGAUAAGAGUCUGGAUGAUGCCAUUAUUCAGAAAGCCAUUGCUGGGUUCAGGAAAUGUGCCAUGAUCUCUGCACACUACGGUUUCAGCGACGUUUUCGACAACUUAAUCAUUUCUCUCUGCAAGUUUACUACUCUCAGCUCUGAGACUGUAGAGAACCUGCCCACCGUGUUUGGCAGUAACAGGAAGGCUCAAGUUGCUGCCAAGACUGUGUUCAGCCUGGCCCAUCGUCACGGUGACAUCUUACGAGAGGGAUGGAAGAACAUCAUGGACUCUAUGUUGCAGCUUUUCAGGGCUGAGCUCUUACCCAAGUCCAUGGUUGAGGUUGAGGACUUCGUGGACCCAAAUGAGAAGAUUUCUUUACAGCGUGAAGAGACGCCAUCAAACAGGGGUGAAUCGGCCGUAUUGAGUUUUGUGAGCUGGUUAACAUUGAGCGAGCAGUCUGGACCUAGAGGACCAUCCACUGAGAACCAGGAGGCCAAACAAGCCGCCCUGCUCUGCAUAAAGCAAUGUGACCCAGAGAAGCUGAUCACAGAAAGCAAGUUCCUGCAGCUGGAAUCUUUACAGGAACUCAUGAAGGCUCUUAUCUCUGUGACCCCCGAUGAGGAAACAUACGAUGAAGAAGAUGCUGCUUUCUGUCUGGAGAUGCUGCUGCGUAUUGUUCUUGAAAACAGGGACAGAGUAUCGUGUGUAUGGCAGACGGUACGAGAUCACUUAUAUCAACUGUGUGUUCACGCUAAUGAGAGCUGUUUCCUGGUGGAGAGAGCCGUGGUUGGCUUGCUCAGACUCGGCAUACGUUUACUGCGCAGAGAGGACAUCGGCUCACAGGUUCUCCUCUCCCUUCGACUGCUGUUGAGGAUGAAGCCUCACGUACUGGCCAGAGUCUUUAGAGAUGUGGCCUUCGGCUUGCACGAGCUUCUCAAAACCAACGCAGCCAACAUCCAUUGCACCGAUGACUGGUACACGCUGUUUUCCCUUCUGGAAUGCAUCGGGGCCGGGGUCAAACCUCCGGCUGCCCUGCAGGUCGCUAACACCAGCCCAGACAACGACACAGGUGCUCAGUCCGACAGUGAACUAAGUUCAUAUCAUCACAGCGAAGUAAAGCUUGACCGAGGCUACACGUCUGACUCUGAGGUUUACGCCGAGCACGGCAAGUCCAGACUGCCCCGUUCAGCCACUGACGUCGACAUAGGCUGGCUUGUGGUGGGCAAAGAUGACCUAGAUGGCAGUAAAGCUCCAGCAGCCCCUGCCCUGAAGCCCCUGCCCCAUCCUCUCGUAAACCAAUACAGUUUAACCCUAGGACAGGACAUGGGUCUGCAUGACACCAAGUCCCUCAUCAAGUGCGUGGAUUCGCUUUCCUUCAUUGUGCGCGAUGCCGCCCACGUCACUCCGGAAAACUUUGAGCUUUGCGUUAAAGCCAUACGAGUGUUCGUAGAGGCGAGCCUUAACGGAGGAUACCGCACCCACGAGAAGAAAAAGUUUCACAAAUAUGACUCCAAAUCCAGCCGGCUCCGAAAGAAGCCGAGGGAGAAGGAAAGCACGUCGCGGCGAGCCAAAGCGUCCAGUCAGCGGCCCGCCCGUUCCCAUAGCGACGAUGAGGAAGACGAGGGAGUGCCGGCCAGUUACCACACGGUGUCUUUUCAGGUUAGUCUGGACUUGUUAGACCUGAUGCAUACUCUGCACACGCGAGCCGCCGGCAUCUACAGCUCUUGGGCAGAGGAACAGCGCCAUCUAGAGGGAGGUGGCCGAAAGAUAGAGGCCGACUCUCAGACGUUAUGGUCCAGCUGCUGGUGUCCUCUGCUGCAAGGGAUGGCUUGGUUGUGCUGUGACGCGAGGAGACAAGUGCGCAUGCAAGCUCUCACCUACCUGCAGAGGGCGCUGCUGGUUCACGACCUGCAAACUUUGGAUGCUGUGGAGUGGGAAUCCUGUUUCAACAAGGUCCUGUUUCCGCUGCUCACCAAACUACUCGACAACAUCAGUCCAGCCGAUGUGGGAGGUAUGGAGGAGACGAGGAUGAGGGCGUGCACGCUGCUUUCUAAGGUCUUCCUACAGCACCUUUCUCCUCUGCUCUCUCUGCCCACAUUCGCUGCCCUCUGGCUCACCAUUUUGGACUUCAUGGACAAGUACAUGCACGCUGGUUCCAGUGACCUGCUGCUCGAAGCGAUCCCUGAAUCUCUCAAGAACAUGCUUCUGGUGAUGGACACAGCAGGGAUCUUUCACAGUGCAGACUCUCGUACGGGCUACUCGGACCUGUGGGAAAUCACCUGGGAGAGAAUUGACUGUUUCUUGCCCCGCCUCAAGGAGGAGCUCUUCAAACAGGCCGUCAUUCCAGAACCUGUCUGCAAUGUUCCUAUGGAGCCGGUCCCACCCCCCGUCGCUGUUACCUCAGCCUCUCCUCCCGUGCCAGUGCCCUCACCAGUGCCAGCGGCCCCUGCAGAGCCAAACAUCCCCAGCAGACCUGCAUCACCUCAGGAUGUCCCCACACCUAGUGCCAACGGAACAGACCGAUCAUCUCCGGUUCCUCCCUCGACACCUCCUAUAACCACUUCUCCAAAGAUGAGUCCUGCAGAAGCCCCGCCCCUUCUCUCUCAGUCUCCACUCAUCCUGCAGCCCUUCGCCUCUCCACUGCAAGUGGGCGUGCCCCCCAUGUCCCUGCCCAUCAUUCUGAACCCUGCUCUCAUAGAGGCCACCUCACCAGUGCCCCUGCUGCCCCGGCCCACGACCGACUGACCCCGCUGGAAUCAGAGUGACGUUUGACGCAUUAAUACAGUGGAGAGACACCAUCUUCUGCCACUGUUCUCCUGCCUGCGCACAUUCUCCCUCACACUAUUACAUUAUGUAACAGCAGGAUAAGAGACCGUGAGACGGAGUACAUUGACUUGCAUGGUUGCCCCUUCUCGUCUCAAACAUCAAAGCAACAGCCAGAGCGUUUGGACUUAGACGUCCUUCACUUAGCCAUGCUACAUAAAUAACAAUAUUUAUUCAAAGCAAGAAGGUGCCACUGUAAUAUGAAGGGCGGUUUUAUUAUUGAUGGGACUUGAUUUAUUUCAGGCAGGCUUUUGGAAGGCUAACAGUACCUGUCUGCGCAGAUUUUAAUUUCUUUCUCCUGAGAUUUACUCACAGAGAAUGUCUAAUGGGUACUGCAUGCUAAACCAGUCCAUAAAGUCCAUAAAUAAUGCUUCAUCUUUACUGCUUUUAUCACAGUUCAGACUAAAUUAAACUGUACAGUAUGAAGAGAAGAGAACCUAAUUUAUUUUGAACCAUUCAUGUUGCUUUGGCUUUUACAAUUGUGUUGUGUCUUUUUGCAGUACAUCGGGCCAAAGAAAACAGUAGCAGCCACUUCAUUUCCCCAAUAAUGAACCGUGCAUGACAAACAUUUGUGCGUUAAAGGAACCGUUCACCCAAAAAUAAAAACUGUCUUCAUUUACUCGCCCUCGAGUUGUUUCAAAUUUGUAUAAAUGUCUUUGUUCUGAUGAACACAGAGAAAGAUAUUUGGAAGAAUGAACCAAACAGCUCAUAGCCACCAUUGACUAGCAUAGUAGGAAAAAAUGCUUAUAAACGUCUUUGUUCUGUUAAACACAAAAGAAGAUAUUUUGAAGAAUGUAGGAAAGCAAACCGUUCUGGGGAACUUUAGCCUACCAUUUGUCAUAUUUCCUACUAUGGUAGUUAAUGGGGUCCAAGAACAGUCACAAGCAUUCUUUCAAAUAUCUUUAUCUGUGUUCAUCAGAACAAAGACAUUUAUACAGAUUUGGAACAACUCGAGGGUGAGUAAAUGAUGACAGAAUGUUUUUUUUGGGUGAACUGUCCCUUUAAGUCUACAAACAAUACUUUUGGUUGAAAACGCUAUAAUUGCAGCCUGUGCCCAACAUCACUGGAGAUGCACUCAGUUUGUUUUGAUGUACCGGGCAAUUGUGCACCACUACAACAUUCCACUUGCAAUAGUGAUGUUUACAACUAUUAAAAGA